UGUUUACCUGUCUUUAAAAGGGAAGGUGCACGACAAUCUGAUUUCAAUCGGGAUCUGCAGACACAAACAGUUGCAUUGGAAAAAAAGAUGAACAUAUCGGACCCAGAAAAAUGGGUUGCCCUCACAGUGUGCUUGUGUCCAGCUCCUCAGAGGAUGGUAGCGACUCUAUUCCUGAGCUACUAGUCGUAAAAGCAAACAAUUCUGACCAAAGUAAGUCAACAAGUGGAAAUGAGGAGAGUGCAGACGAUGAAGCCAUUGCAAUUAUCGGGAUUGCAUGUAAGACGCCGGGAGCAGAGAACAUCCGGGACUUCUGGAGAAUUCUCCUGAAUGGUGAAAACCACAUCACCGAGGUCCCGCCCUCCAGGUGGAAUGGGGAAGUGUUUUAUGAUGAGGACCCCAACAAACAAGGCAAAACCAAUGUGAGGAGAGCUGGCUUUGUCAAAGGUAUCGAGGAGUUUGAUAAUGGAUUCUUUGGGAUCAACGACUAUGAGGCCUUCUCUAUGGAUCCCCAGCAGCGCUUUGUUCUCGAGUGUACACACAUGGCGCUCGAAGAUGGCGGCUUGACAAAAGCAAAAAUCUCUGGCACAAAUACUGGCGUCUUCAUUGGGGCUAUGAAUUCAGAUCAUAGCUGUUUGCUGAGUGCUGGGUCACAGACAGACAGGUAUGGGGUGACAGGGGCCACAAACGCUAUACUUGCGGCUCGAGUGUCGUAUGUCUACAAUUUCCAGGGGCCUUGCAUGGUUCUGGACACCGCCUGCUCAUCUGCGCUCGUCUGCAUCCAUGCAGGUGCCCAAGCAAUCAGGAACGGGGAUUGUGACAUGGCGGUAUGUGGAGGGACAAACUACAUGGGCAACCCGGGGAUGUUCGUUCAGCUGAGUAAGAGUGCCAUGAUCUCACCUGAGGGUCUCAGCAAGACGUUUUCCGCUAAGGCUGAUGGGUACGCCAGGGCUGAGGGCUGCGGCAUCGUGGUUCUCAAGAGGUUAAAGGAUGCAAUCAGAGACAACGAUAAAAUCUAUGCCACAGUUGUGACAGGCAUCAAUCAGGAUGGCCAUACGGUGACCCCAUGACCGCCCCGUCUGGGAAACAGCAAGUAAAACUCAUGAGGCGGGUCUACAAGAAACACAAGAUCGACGCUUACAAAGUUGAUUAUAUUGAAGCCCAUGGUGCAGGAACCCAGCAGGGGACCCCGUUGAAGCCAAUGCUCUGGGUAAAUUUCUGAAAGAAGCAAGUGAUCCCCGCACCAGGUACAUCGGGUCUGUCAAAACUAAUGUCGGUCACCUAGAAUCUGCUUCUGGUGCCAUAGG